CGGACCGGCCGGCUGGCGGCGCGGCGGGACGGUGCGCGCGGCCGGGCGAGUCUGUCGGCCUCUGCGGGACCCGCAACGAGGCACAGGCCUCGCCACAGUUCAGAAGUUCCUGUUUUUCCGUUUAUAACUGAGACUGCCUUUUCCUGUGGACUACUUUAAGAAAAAUGGCCCUGUCAGCCCAACAGAUACCCAGAUGGUUCAACUCAAUUAAAUUGAGUAGCUUCAUUAAUGCUACACAACUUACAAAACGUUAUACAAGACCAGGAAAAACAUUGUUGCAUGGCUUUUCUGCUCAGCCUCAGAUGUCCUCUGAUAAUUGCUUUCUCCAGUGGGGGUUUAAGACUUACAGGACUUCCUCCCUAUGGAAUAGUUCCCAAUCUACCAACUUAAAUAGUCAAGAGAAUAAUUCUACCCAAAGCACCCUGUUUCCUUCCGUGAAUGAACAGUCACAGAAGACACAAAAAAUACCCCCCAACUUUGAUUCUGAGCUGUCUUUAGAAGGACUGGAUGACUUGCCUUCAUUAUCUCCAUUGCAGCCAGUUUCCGAGGAGGAAGCCAUUCAGAUUAUUGCAGACCCUCCAUUGCCCCCAGCCUCAUUCACACUCCGAGACUAUGUAGAUCAUUCUGAGACUCUGCAGAAGUUAGUGCUUCUUGGAGUGGAUUUGUCCAAGAUAGAAAAACAUCCAGAUGCAGCCAACCUCCUUCUGAGACUGGAUUUUGAAAAAGAUAUUAAGCAAAUACUCCUGUUUCUUAAAGAUUUGGGUAUAGAGGAUAACCACCUGGGAACAUUGCUAACUAAAAAUUAUGCCAUUUUCUCUGAAGACCUUGAAGAUCUUAAGACCAGGGUGGCUUAUCUACGAUCAAAAAAUUUCAGUAAGGCAGAUAUUGCACAGAUGGUCAGAAAUGCACCAUUUUUGCUGAAUUUUUCAGUAGAAAGACUGGAUAACAGAUUGGGAUUUUUUCAGAAAGAACUUGAACUUAGCGUGAAGAAGACUAGAGAGCUGGUAGUUCGUCUCCCAAGGCUACUAACUGGAAGUCUGGAGCCCGUGAAGGAAAAUAUGAAGGUUUAUCGUCUUGAACUUGGUUUUAAACAUAAUGAAAUUCAGCAUAUGAUCACCAGAAUCCCAAAGAUGUUAACUGCAAAUAAAAGGAAACUUACUGAGACUUUUGAUUAUUUGCACAAUGUGAUGAACGUUCCCCACCACAUCAUUGUCAAGUUCCCACAGGUAUUUAAUACAAGGUUGUUCAAAGUGAAAGAAAGACACUCGUUUCUAACCUAUUUAGGAAGAGCACAGUAUGAUCCAGCAAAACCUAACUACAUCUCUUUGGACAAAUUAGUAUCUAUUCCUGAUGAAAUAUUUUGUGAAGAGAUUGCCAAAGCAUCAGUACAGGACUUUGAAAAAUUCUUAAAAACUCUUUAGUUUUUGAUUAAUGUUAAAAUGUAAUAUUGCAAGGUGAAUGUUUGUAGUAAUAAAUGUAUAUAUUUUUAAAU